AUGUGUAUUGAAAUAUCUGGAGGUGUAGAUAUUGUCAAUUAUGUUCCAUUUGGGGUAGGUAGUGGUGGGAGAUGCAGUAGAGCAUCUGAUCUUGUAGAAUUGUCUAAGGGUUUCAUGGCUGGGGCAAUAUCCU